AUGGCUUGCCGACACUGGGCUUCACUCCACGUCGUUCCGCGGCCUUCCGCGACAUUCUAUGAACCCGGUUUAAACUGAGGCGCAGGCUUCUCCAUCUUUCUCCCUCCUGCUCUUCGCACCUUACCCAUCGCACCUCAUCCCAUCGCCACUCAUCCCAUCGCCACCUCGAGCUCGCGACGUCCGAAGCGGUCGUCGUGGAAGCUCUGCAACGAAUACGGGAUCAAGAAAUGCCUGCUGCAUGCAACAUAGCUACGAAUUCGAGUAAGUAACUUCAUGAACUGUGCUCUUCGGUGUGGGAUUGUUCAGGAGCUAAUGGAGAACUACCAAGCAGCAAUUCUCUUCAACACGUCCUCUCUGAAUGUCAACCCUCGAGUUGUUUCUUCACCGUCAGCAGGUGAUACGGCAUGCGUUGAUACGAAGAACAGACAUUGCGUCAGUGACACAGCGGAAGGAUUGACUUCGUACGGUUGAGAAUCCGGGUCAUUGGGACACUAAAUGUGAGUCUUCACUGCCAUUGCUACAGAUGGACAACAGCAAUAAUGCUGAUAGUUGUAACGAAUCACGCCAGAAAACAGCCUCUGGUCGGGUGAAUUGCGGCUCACCAUCCCGUGGCAGAUCCUCAACGGCUCGGUUCGGUUCUUGGCAGGUGUGUGCCAAUCUUUCAAAAGCAAAACGCAGGGCAGCAUGACUAACUGACCGGUUGGACUGUAACAUCACAGGAAAUGCGAAGCAAUGCUUUCCCGUUAUUCCACGGCUCGGUUCGGUGGAGUGACCGUCGUGUUGGCAGGUGUGUGCCAAUCUUUCAAAAGCAAAGCGCAGGGCGGUGUGACUAACUGAUUGAUUGGACUGUAACAUCACAGGGGUUCCGAAGCGAUGCCUUCCCGUUAUUCCACGUCAUCGCCUGCACAAAUCGUCGACGCUUGCAUCAUGAAUGGCGACUUCUGGGGGGAUCUCUCUGUAAGUAGUAGUCCUUGCCUGACUUUUAGACCUAUACUAACAACAGCCCACGGUGCGAGCGCAGACAGACAUGCGUCUUCUGGCCGCUGCAGACCGCAUGACCGAAACGGAACGGGCAAAGGCAAUACGUCGAUAG